AUGCUAUCAAAACUCGCACUCGCUUCUCUCGCCGCUUACGCUAGCGCACACGGUAUAGUGUCGCAGGUAAUGGUCGGUGGCCAGUGGUACAACGGAGCCAAUUACGGCUCAACAAAUGACAACUCCCCUGUACGCGGAUUCCCUUACGACGGAGGGUAUGUGCCAUACUACAACGUGAACACAGAUGACAUCGUUUGCGGUGCGAAUGGCCACGGUUCUGUACCAGUAACAGCAACUGUCAAUGCCGGCGACGACGUGAAGCUCCGCUGGCACGGUGACCGUGGUCCAACUGGGGACUACUGGGGCCACUACGAGGGUUCUGUAAUGGACUACCUGAUGCGCUGCGACGGUGAUUGCAGCAACUUCCAGACAAGCUACGGCAAUGCGCGCGUGUACAAGAUCUGGGAAGCUGGUCUCGACACAUCUCAGCCACGCCCUGACCAAGGUUUCUGGCCAUCUCGUCCUCAAGGUGAUGGUUUGUGGGCAAUGGAUGACAUGUCUCGUAACUGGGGAUCAUGGCACACAGUAACCAUCCCAGCCACAACCGCACCAGGCCAGUACAUGCUGCGUCACGAGCUUCUCGCUCUCCAGGCCGCAUCGAACCUUGCAGGCACAGCUGAGACUCCAAUCGGUGGUCCACAAUACUACCCUGCUUGUGUCCAGCUCAAUGUCGUCAACAAUUCCGGCAACGUUGUCUACCCACCUGAAACUCCAGUCAGGGAAAUCUACAGCACUGGUGACGCUCAGGUCAACAUUUACACUCCUGCUCCUAACGGUAUCGAACAUUUCGAUAUCCCUGGUCCAAAUGUUGUCAACACCUCCCCUUACAAGCGCUCCGCUCGUCGUGCUGAUCGCCACGCACGUCGUGAGGCUUUCGGUAAGACUCACUAA